AUGUCUUUCAACGCCAGAAAGUUCUCCAUGAACCGCAACACGGGUGUGCCCCGUCCUGCUCGUCGUUUCAGUAUCGGCGAGACUGGCGCUCAAGAGACCAGCUCCAAGAUCCAUCGUCAGUUCCGUGCUGCCCACGAGGGUCAUCUUCCCCACGCCGGUCUCGAUGCCACCAGAGCUUCCACCGGUGUAGUCUGGUGUACUGAGCGUGCCAGCGAAUAUGGCUUCCUCGAGGAGCCCGAGAAGUGGGCAAACCUGGGCCAAGGCGCCCCCGAGGUCGAGGACGAUAUCGAGGGCUGCUUCCAGCGCCCUUCCACCAUUGACGUUACCACUGCUGCCCGCGAGUACGGUCCGACUGCCGGUAUCAAGCCCCUCCGUGAGGCUGUCGCACACAUGUACAACGAGAUGCACCGCCAGGGCAAGGAGUCGCAAUACACAUGGGAGAACGUGGCCAUCGUCCCUGGUGGUCGUGCUGGUCUGAUCCGUAUCGCUGCCGUCUUGAACAACGCCUACGUCGGUUUCUUCAUUCCCGACUACACAGCCUACAACGAGAUGUUGUCUCUGUUCAAGAACUUUGCCGCCAUUCCCACCCCCUUGAGCGAGGAGGACGGCUACCACAUCCACCCCGACAUCAUUGCUGCCGAGAUUGCUCGUGGAACCUCUGUCAUUCUGACAUCGAACCCCAGAAACCCGACCGGUCGUGUCGUGGCCAACCCUGAGUUGACCGAAAUUCAAGACCUUUGCAGAGGCAGAGCUACCCUGAUCAGCGACGAGUUCUACUCUGGAUACAACUACACCAGUAACUGCGACGGUACCACCAUUUCUGCUGCCGAGAACGUCGAGGAUGUUGACGAGGACGAUGUCCUGAUUAUUGAUGGUCUCACCAAGCGCUUCCGCCUGCCUGGCUGGCGUAUCGCAUGGAUCCUGGGUCCCAAGGAGUUCAUCAAGGCUAUCGGCUCCUGCGGUUCUUACCUCGAUGGUGGCGCCAACGCUCCUUUCCAAGAGGCCGCCAUUCCCAUGCUUGAGCCUUCUCUCGUGCAAAAGGAGAUGGUUGCGCUACAGAGACAUUUCCGCGACAAGCGCGACUAUGUCAUCAAGCGUCUCCGUGACAUGGGUUUCGUGAUCAAGUACGUGCCUGACAGCACCUUCUACAUCUGGCUCAACCUCGAGGGUCUGCCAGGCCCCAUCUCCGACGGUCUCAACUUCUUCCAGGCCUGUUUGGAGGAGAAGGUUAUUGUUGUGCCAGGUAUCUUCUUCGACCUGAACCCCUCCAGACGUAGGGAUCUCUUUGACAGUCCUUGCCACCACUUUGUCCGUUUCUCGUAUGGCCCCAGAAUGGAGACCCUGAAGCUGGGUUGCGAUGGUAUCGAGAGAGUCGUCCAGAAGUUUAGAAAAUCCGCCUAG